GGCAUGGCCCCCCCGCCCACCGCCAACAGCCGUGCUCGCACCCCGCUCGUGCCCGGCUCAGACGGCAUGGGGAGCCAGCGACGGCACGCGCUCUGGCUGACGGCCUCGACGCCCGUGCUCCUCCUGCUCCUGCUGCUGCUGCCAAUGGUGCCAGAGAGCCUGGCCAAGGGCGCCAGGAACAGCGCCGCUAUGGAUACGGCCCUCAGGCAGAUCAACCUGUCCCUGCUCUACACGUUGGCCUGUGAUACGACGGUGAGCAGCGAGGUGCAAGUCAAGCGUUUCCAGUGUCUCCUCCGGAGCAUCGACCCCUCGGACAAGAUGGUGGUGCUUGGCUGCCAGUACAACGUGGGGGGCACCAUGGACGCUGCCGCCUUCCUCACGGCACUCUGCGAGAACAAGCUCAACUGCAACAAGCUGCGUUCCUGCAUGGCCACUGAAAGGGUGAAGAACAUGCAGCCCGUGGCGGGCCCCGUGCCGCAGCUCCCGGAGCCCGAGCAGCCGAUCCAGGCCGGGGUCUCCGGGCCCGAGCAGGGCGGCGCCCACGUGACCUCCAGCCCCGGGCCCACGACCCAGCCGGCGGCCCCGACCACGACGCCCGGCCCCGCGCCGCCAGCCUCCGAGGCGCCCAGGGAGGACACGCCGCCGGCCGCUGGCGGGGAAGGUGAAAACGUGCCUGCGGGCGGUGGAGACAGUGAAGACCCCCGGGAGGAUAACCCGAGGCCCGGCGACGCCGUCGCGGUGACGUCUUCGCCGCCUCCGGCGAGCACGGCGGCCGUGCCCGCGGACCCUCCAGGCGGCGAGGUCCCGGACGACAUUUUGCCGCCCCCGCCCGCGGACGAAGGCGGUGACGAGAUGAGCUUCUACCCGUGCCUGUGCGCGCGCAAGGCCAAGUUCCGGGGCCGCUGGAAACAGCGACACAACAGCCGUCGCCGCGCCAGGGCCGCCCCCGCCACCAGCUGGAAGGACUACAACUUCCUCUUCCCGCUCGGCGCCGUUAGGGAAUGCCUCGUGUCCACCACCUAGCGAGGAAGAGCAGUUCUUGUGCGCACCUGGAUCACUUCACUCCUGGGAUCAACGUGCGGCAUUCUUUGAGGGCAAGAAAAAAAAUACAAAAAACAAAAAACGGACGAACGAACUUCGGAAACGACAGGACAGCAGUAUUGUGCGCGAAAGUGUACGCUCGAAACCACGGACAUUU